CGCCCCUGCGCCCCUGCAGCCGCCCUGCCCCCGAGCUGGCGGGGCCUGGCUCGUGGAUGUGGGGAGGCCAAACGGCUGGGCAGUUCAGCGAUGGCGCCCGUUUUUGGAGACGCAGUCGAAUCUGAGCUCGGGGAGGUGCGAUCCACUCCCGGUGGGGCAGAGGAGGCUUCCUCUCGCUGCCUCUGUCUCCGGCACUUCUGAGGAGGGAAUGGGGUGGACGGAGCAGGGCACGUCCUGCGCGCCUUGACAGCUUGACCGCGACAUGCUCAGGAGCAGAAACCGUUCAGGAGGGGCCUCUGCUGCCGCCUGUCUCUGCUUCUGGGGGAAGGGCUGCGCGCUGCUUGGCUUCCCAUGACCGGGAAGUCGGCCUCAGCUCCGCUGUGCUCCUGGAGGGGCGCCUGGCUCACGUGUCUGCCAGCCGCUGGGACGAGGAAGAGAAAAGAAAUGAGCCGCCAGACUGCAACAGCGUUGCCUACUGGGACCUCCAAGUGCACACCGUCCCAGAGGGUGCCCGCCCUGACAGGCACCACUGCCUCCAACAAUGACUUGGCCAGUCUUUUUGAGUGUCCUGUCUGCUUCGACUAUGUGUUGCCACCCAUUCUCCAGUGCCAGAGCGGCCAUCUUGUCUGUAGCAACUGUCGCCCAAAGCUCACAUGCUGUCCAACCUGCCGGGGCCCCUUGGGAUCCAUCCGCAACUUGGCUAUGGAGAAAGUGGCCAAUUCGGUACUUUUCCCCUGUAAAUAUGCCUCCUCCGGGUGUGAAAUAACUCUGCCGCACACAGAAAAAGCGGACCACGAGGAGCUCUGCGAGUUUCGGCCUUACUCCUGCCCGUGCCCCGGCGCGUCCUGCAAGUGGCAGGGCUCCCUGGACGCGGUCAUGCCGCACCUGAUGCACCAGCACAAGUCCAUCACGACGCUGCAGGGGGAGGACAUCGUGUUCCUCGCCACGGACAUCAACCUCCCCGGGGCCGUGGACUGGGUGAUGAUGCAGUCCUGCUUCGGCUUCCACUUCAUGCUGGUCCUGGAGAAACAGGAGAAGUACGACGGCCACCAGCAGUUCUUUGCAAUCGUGCAGCUGAUAGGGACACGCAAGCAAGCUGAAAAUUUUGCUUAUCGACUUGAGCUAAAUGGUCACAGGCGGCGAUUGACUUGGGAAGCCACUCCUCGGUCUAUUCAUGAGGGAAUUGCAACCGCCAUUAUGAAUAGCGACUGUCUAGUCUUUGACACCAGCAUUGCACAGCUUUUUGCAGAAAAUGGCAAUUUAGGCAUCAAUGUAACUAUUUCCAUGUGUUGAAAUGGCAAUCAAACAUUUUCUGGCCAGUGUUUAGAACCAUUGCAUUCAAUUUCACAGAGAGCAGGCCCCCUUCUGCCUGCCACUCUGGAACUCUGGGCAGGUGGAGCCAGUCAUGUGAAGGCGAAUAAAAGGAAAGGCUGUUAAAUACAGGAGACAGUUGCAUGUAGUAACACUAAUAUAUUUAAAAUAAGUCAACAGUAAACCACUGAAAAAUAUAUAUAUAUAUAUAUACCCCCAAGAUGGGCAUCUUUUGUAUUAAGAAAGGAAGCAUUGUAAAAUAAUUCUGAAUUUGUGUUUGUUGUAGAUUGAGUGUACUGUUGAAGAAUACUGGGUUUUGUUUUUUGUUUUGGCCUGUGUGCGUGUGCGUGUGUGCGUGUGUGUGCGUGAGCGUGUGUUUGGGUUUUUUCCUUUAACUGACAAGCCAUGUUGGGUGGCCUUGGGCCGCUGCUUCCCCCUUUUUGAGUCAAUACAUAGUGCUGCUGUGUGUGUAUAUUUUUUUGUGUGUGUAUUUGCUAAUUUUUAUUAAUUCUAGUUUUUCAUUAAAUAAAUUUGACUUUCUUUUCUGUAAUUCAGGCUUUUCCCAGGUUUUUUUUUUUUUUUUGUACCUUUUUAACGUUAGUGUCUUUUUGAUAUGCAUAAUUGUUUAUGGUAAAGUUUAUACAUGUGUGUUCCAUAAUAUUUUUUUCUCCCCAUUAAUCAGUUAAUUAGAAAUACUUUAAAUUCAGCUGUUUUUGUGAAGAGUCCCAGAAAGGAAAGGCGACGCCGGAAGAAUCACAAGAAGCUAUUUAAAGCAGCUAUGAGGUGGUCAGUCUGCCUUUCUUUCUUCUUCCCCCCCUCCAGUUGAGUCAGAUCUUUAAACUUACUCUUUGAAAGGUUAGGAUAUAUGAUUUUUUUAAAACACUAAAAAAAAUAUCAGGCUUUUUUUCAAAUAUUUUGGACAAAUCACAUGUUUAAAAUUUGUUCUCAUAUUUAUUGGUUUUGCAAAAGAAGGCAUUGUCUUACACAGUAUUUGUAAUUAAAAGCAAAUCAUUUGUUUUAAAAAAGGCAGUUUGCAAAAAAAAAUGUUUGUGGUCUUUUAUAAUUCUCAUUAAAAGAAUAU